CUUGAGAUGAUUCAGUCCGAGUGUGACAAUAGAUUGAUCCUUUCGGGAGCUCCGGAGCCGGUUAACGUUACCGAAGGAUGUGGAUCUUUGGGAAUGUUUUUGAUGAAACGAUUAAUGCGCCACGGUAAUAACGUAGCAGUGAUCGAUGGAGUGUACUCGAGCGAGUUGCGAUAUUUGGAGUUAUUGGAAGCCGGUGUACGCUUAGCCGACGGCCUUCGCUCCGAGGCGGGCUUGCGUGCGGGUGACGUAGUGGGAAUUAUAAGUGAAAAUCGGCUCGAAUUUCCUGUAGCCCUGUACGCGUCAUUUUUCGCCAAUGCCGCAGUUGCGCCGAUUAAUUUGACAUAUACCAAACGCGAAUUCGAGCAUGCACUUAAUCUGUCGAAGCCAACAAUAUUGUUCAUUUCGCCAUAUGCUGCAGAACGGGUGAUUCCAGUAGCACGCAAAAAUCGAAGUUUCUUCAAGCACAUUUUUCUGUUUGGUGAUGAGAACCCGUUCGGAUCAGACGUGAUGCUUUACGAUGAUUUCUUCUCACGUACAAGUGCCAUCAAUCCAUACUACUUCCGGCCGGAACCGACGAACGUUGAAGAGCAUGUCGCGCUGAUUAUGUGUUCCUCCGGAACAACCGGCUUACCGAAAGGUGUGCAGCUUACGCAGCGGAACGUUAUUGCUAGCGUAUCAUUGUUGACCAUGCUGGAGGCUUCGUUCGAAGUGCCCACCGUAGUGUUGAGUGUUAUACCAUGGUUCCAUGCGUUCGGUUGUCUUACGCUGAUCAAUGUUAUAUGCAACAAGCUAAAAUUGGUAUUUUUACCAAAGUUUGAGGAAGGACUGUUUUUAAGCUGCAUCGAAAAUUAUCGUUGCUCGUUCGUGUUCGUCGUGCCUCCGUUGAUGGUGUUCUUGGCCAAACAUCCAUUGGUAGACAAUUACGAUCUCAGCAGCGUGAACACGUUGCUGUGCGGUGCUGCCCCUUUGAGCAGGGAAACGGAAUUGUUGGUCCGCAAGCGUCUCGGCGUAAAGCACAUUCUGCAGGGUUACGGUAUGAGUGAAACCACGCUCGCCAUGUUAGUGCAAACGAAUGAUUCUAAAAAGUCUGGAAGCGUGGGUAAGCUGCAGGUGGGCACAAUGGCGAAAGUAGUUGAUAUUGCAUCCGGGAAAUUGCUAGGUCCCAACAAACCGGGUGAGCUGUACUUUAAAGGCACCCAAAUCAUGAAAGGGUACAUCGGCAACGAAAAGGCAACAAAUGAAACGAUCGACCAAAAUGGUUGGUUACGCACCGGAGACAUUGGCUACUACGAUGAGGAAGGAGAAUUUUACAUCAUUGAUCGAUUGAAGGAGCUUAUCAAGUACAAAGGUUUUCAGGUGCCACCAGCAGAAAUAGAGGCAAUCCUACUUACAAAUCCAAAAAUUAAAGAUGCAGGCGUUGUUGGCUUACCGGACGAGGCAGUUGGUGAGCUACCGUUGGCCUUCGUGGUCAAACAACCGGGAGUAAAUCUUACGGAGCAAGAGGUGCAACGAUACGUGGCCGAUCGUGCAUCGCCGGCAAAGCGAUUGCAUGGUGGCGUUCGUUUCGUAUCGGAGAUACCAAAAAAUGUGAGUGGAAAAAUUCUCAGACGAGAGCUUCGGGCAAUGUUACAACAACCGCUUUCCAAGCUGUAAGU